AUGCUACCGAUUUUCUCCGGCGCGGCGCUGGCCUUCCUCGGCCUCGCUCCCCAGACCCUCCUUGAUCAGGUUUUCUCGCUUCUUCCCACGAGCCUGAGUGGCGAACAGGGCGGCCAGCGCUGCGCGCUCAACAAUUGGCGUCUGACGGGCCACCCGGGCUGGGAAUGGGAGAAGGAGGUCGCCGUGGUGACUGGCGGCUGCAGCGGUAUCGGCAAAGAGGUUGUCCUUGGCCUUGUCGCAAACGGCGUGCGCGUCGCCAUCCUCGAUGUGCAGCCGCUUCCCAAAGACCUCGAGGCAAUUGAUGCAGUGCACUACUGGGCCUGCGACAUCUCGUCGCCGGCUGCCGUAAAGGCCGCGGCCGAUGAAAUUCGAUCCACGCUCGGCAACCCGUCUAUUCUCAUCAACAACGCAGGCAUGGCAUUCAAGGACACGAUCCUGGAUGCCUCGCCCGAUCGCAUCCAGAAGAUCGUCUCCGUGAACCUCGUCGCCCUCUGGUGGACCACGCGCGAGUUCUUGCCCGCCAUGAUCACCGCGAACAAGGGCCACAUAUUCACCGUUGCGAGCAUGGCCUCGUACGUCGCGAUGCCCAUGUCCGCCCACUACGCGGCCACCAAGUCCGGCGCCCUGUCCUUCCACGAAGCGCUCCGGAGCGAGAUCAAGCAUAUGUACAAGGCGCCGGGCGUGCUGACCACGGCCGUGCACCCCAUGUGGGUCAAGACCGACAUGACGGCGCCCCAUGCGGAGGAUAUCGAGAGGCAUCAUGGCCCCAUGAUGAUGGCCUCGGACAUUGCGAACCCUAUCGUGAAACAGGUGCUGGACCGCCGUGGUGGGCACCUUCUUAUCCCGGGGUCUGGAGGGUUGGCUUCCGGUUUCCGAGGGUUUCCCAGCUGGUUGCAGGAAGCGAUUCUGGACAGAAUCGGGAAAAAUACGGCGGCCUUCAAAGGCUCAUAG